AUGUCUGCUGCUGCCAGCUGUCUGCUGACUGAAGAUCAGUUUCUGUGCUCCAUCUGUCUGGAUGUGUUCACUGAUCCAGUCACCAUACCAUGUGGACACAACUUCUGCAAAACCUGCAUCACUAAACACUGGGAUAAAAAUGUCCAGUGUCAGUGUCCCAACUGUAAAAAGAUUUUCUACACAAAACCUGAGCUGCAGGUGAAUACUUUCAUCUCUAAUAUGGCUGCUCAGUUCAGACAGUCAGCUCAACAGAACGUCAGCAGUAGCAGCUCAGAGCAGCAAGUCUCUGAACCAGUAGAAGUUCCUUGUGACGUCUGCACUGGAACCAAACUGAAGGCCCUGAAGUCCUGCCUGGUCUGUCUGGCCUCCUACUGUGAGACUCACCUGCAGCCACAUCUGACAGCGUCACGUCUCAAAAGACAUCAGCUCAUCGACCCUGUGGAGAACCUGAAAGGCAGGAUGUGUCCCGAGCAUGAUAAAUUGCUGGAGCUGUUCUGUAAGACCGACCAGAUGUGUGUCUGCAUGCUCUGCACUGUUUUAGACAACAAGCCACAUGAUGUUGUUCGUCUGAAAGAAGAAUAUGAAGGAAAAAAGGCAGAGCUGGGGAAGACAGAGGCUGAAAUUCAGCAGAUGAUUCAGAAGAGACGACUGAUGAUUGAGGAGAUCAAACUCUCAGUGGAGCUCAGUCAGAAAGAUGCAGACAGAGAGACAGCAGAUGGUGUUCAGGUCUUCACUGCUCUGAAGGAGUCUGUUGAGAGAAGCCAGGCCGAGCUCAUCUACACGAUCAAAGAGAAGCAGAGAAAGACAGAGAAACAGGCUGAAGGCUUCAUCAAAGAGCUGGAACAGGAAAUCUCUGAGCUGAAGAAGAGAAGCACUGAGGUGCAGCAGCUCCUACAGUCUGAAGACCACCUCCACCUCCUCCAAAGCUUCACCUCCCUGAAUGCUGCUCCACCCACCAAAGACUGGACAGGAGUCACUGUCCAUCCACCUUCAUAUGAGGGGACAGUGGGGCGAGCUGUGAUUCAGGUGGAGGAGAUGCUCAGUAAACAGAUGAAGAAGCUGAUUGAGGCUGAGCUGAAGAGGGUCCAGAAGUAUGCAGAGAAUGUGAUGCUUGAUCCUGAUAUAGUACAUCCCAUACCCACUCAGCCUAAAGACAGACAACAGGCAAGUAGCUGUAGAUGUGUCUCAUUAAAGAAGGCUUUAACUUUAAGAUUUUACUUUGAGGUUCAGGUUCAAAAGUGGUCUCACUGGACUCUAGGGGUGACCAGAGAGUUGACCAACAUAAAGGAGAAAAACACACUGACCCCCUCAAAUGGUUACUGGACUGUAUCUAAAAAGUGUGAACAUGGGUACUCUGCUGCUGCUAACCCUCCAGUACCUCUCUACCUGAAGUCUCGGCCUAAGAAGGUGGGGGUGUUUGUGGAUUAUAAGGAGGGUCUGGUCUCCUUUUAUGAUGUUGAUGCUGCAGCUCUGAUCUACUUCUUUUCUGGCUGCUCCUUCACUGAGAAACUCUACCCAUUCUUCAGUCCCUGUCGAAAUAAUGGAAUCGAAAUCCACAUCUUCAGAAUUCCUUGUACAACACAGUGAGGAGAAACUUUUGAUAAAUGAACAAAACUGUUCAGUGUCAUGUAAUGUAUUAUAUCUAAAUACCAUAACAUAUUUACUGCUCAACUUCCUAAUUCUCACCGGUCUCUUUAUAUCAUGUUUACCUAUAAUAUAUACCAUUGCUUCUUACUGUUGCAAAUAAUCUCCUGUUUAAAGUAACCAAACUUUUUUUCCCUAUCUAAUACUAUUUCUGCGUUCAAAACUGUCCUAGCUUUUCAAAAAUGUGUUGAAUUGGCAUAGCGUUUGUCUGGGAAGGGACAUUUAUUACGUAAAUUGUUGUAUGUAUAACAUUUUUAUGAAUUGGCUAAUAUUAUAUGUUUUUCCUGAUAUUGUGGUAAUUUCUAAAAAAUAAGUAAAACCCAAUUGACUCUUGGAUGGUUGCAGGUCAGUAGAG